AUGAUCAGAGACGCCGGCUUCCGACCCGACGAUUUCGCCUCCGGUUCAGACUCAUCUUCACCGUCCUCCCAGUUACUGGGUCCUACACCAACCAUGUUGUCAACGUCCUUACGCCGGGCUGCAUGGGCGCCUCUGUCCGGCAUCUCUCGUUCCACCCAGAAUGUCCCUUCCUCCGUGCUCGGCGCAACCCGACAUGUGCACCAGCGUCAGUACUCCUCUUCCUCCUCCAAACCGCCGGUCCCGCCCAGCGAUGGCUCUCGCCGAAUGGAUACCUCGACCCCGGCGAAGGGUGUGAACUCGUCUGGCGAGAAGGGCAAGUCUGCUCGCCGACGUGGGAAGGAGAAUGGUGCUCGGAACGGUUCUUCGAAAGCUAGUCAGCAACAUGCGGCGUUUUCGAAGCUUCCGAGUGUCCCCUCGACCCAGCACCGCCAGCCGCAUGAUGUUCAUGUCGCCUCUUUCUUUUCCAUCCACCGCCCCAUCUCCGUGACCACCACGGUCCCCCCAAUCGCGACUCCCGAAGCCUUCGAUGCGAUCUUCUCAAAGAAGUUCCUCAAGAACGAGGCUGACGAUGUCAUUUUCACCCUUUCCUCGACCGUUGAGACCAUGGAAAACCCGACACCCGUCAUGGCUGAGUCCGAAGAACAAUUCAACCAGCUGCACCAGAGCUUCACAACUGAUGCGAACGGGGAGCUUCGCAUGCUCGAUGGCCCCGAGGCCGGCAUGACCGUGGAGGAAUACACCCGCCGUCUCCAGCCUUUCCGCCCUCCCCCUCCUCCUGUCCCCAUGGACAUGACUUCCUCCGCCGAUGCCUUGACCGACCAGGAAACUUCCACCUACUCCACCGUCCUGACGAUCCGGGAGCAAACCCAUGCCGACGGUCGCAAGACCUACGAGGCUUCCACUGGCCCCUUUGUUCGCAGUGAUAUGGAGGAUCCCGAGCAUGGAUUCACCAUUGAUGCUCCUACCGGGUCAACCUCUGGCAUGACAUAUAUGGAGCGUGUGCGCCACAACCGGACUAUGCAUGCAAUCAGCACCAAGAGACGUCGCAAGAUCAAGAUGAAGAAGCACAAGUUCAAGAAGCUGAUGCGGAGGACACGCACCCUUAGACGGAAACUCGACAAGGCCUAGACUAUUCCUGCCUUGUCUCCACUUCUCGUUUCCUUUGUUUCUCUUCUCCUUUUGAUCGGUUUCUCCAUCGGAUGCAUCUUUUGGCCUGCGUCUUGCAUCGUCUUGGGUUGAGGGUUAGUUUUGUCUGAGUUUUGCCGGGCAUAUAUCUCCCUUUCUGUUGGUUUUCGUACAUUGCGUGAAUUUUCUUUUCUCUUGUCCGCUCUCCUAUACUAUCAAAUAUCCAAUCAUCACCAUUUCUCCCUCCAUCUCCUUCGACCAGAUUUGCUGGUUGGUCUCUUGCCGUGGCCAAUGCUGUUGAUUUCUUGUGUGGCAUUGUUGCCCUCAUGCAUUGCGGAUUACACAAUAGAAUAUGUUCUUUGAUAUCCGUUUUGCUGCUAUGUAUUUGAAAUCCGUCUUCUCCUGCUGUUCUUGCUUGGUAGCGCUAGA